UCUGAUUUUUGUGUGAUGGGCACCGUCUCCAAGUCCGAUGUGACUGGCGAUCCUCCUGCUCUUCUGCUCCGGCCAAAUUCUCCCCGGCGAUAUUUUUCCUUUUCUUCAACGCCGCACACGGUGGCGGAUUGAAUUUUCCUUUUAUUCGUUUCCCUUUUGGAACUUUUCUUCACGGUAAAAUUCUAUUUUUGACGCAUUCUCUUUUCCUUCUUUGGUGCUAUCUUCCGUUUUGAAUUUGGAAUUCCCUUCUCUUUGACUUCCAUUUCUUUAUAUGUAUACCUACUUGGAUUUUUUCAACAAUCACGACUUGGGUUGAAUCUUCCUGCAUUCUGUCAAAGUGAAGAUUUUUGGGGUCUUUUCUGGGUUAUUUUUUCUCUGCAUUUUAUGUUUGAAGCUUGGUCGCAUUCACACCUCCUCAAUUAUAUAUAUAUGUAGAGAGAAGGGUAGAUAGAUUGGGGGAUUUUUCUUUAUUGAAGGUAAUUUUUGAGUUUGGAGGUUUGCAAAAUGGAGGCAAAAUCCAAAAAUGGCAAGGAACAAAGAUCGAAUUGUUGUAACCCAGUUAAAAAACAAGGGCCAGUGACCAUGGAACAUGUUCUAUUGGCGCUGGGAGAGAUCAAGGAAGAGAGAGAGCAGAGGAUUCGAACUCUUUUUAAUUUCUUUGAUGUUGCGAAUUGUGGGUAUUUAGAUUAUACCCAGAUUGAGAAAGGCCUUUCUGCGCUCCAAAUACCUGCAGAUUACAAGUAUGCUAAAGAUUUGUUAAAUGUGUGUGAUGCCAAUAAAGAUGGGCGUGUGGAUUACCAGGAGUUUAAGCGAUAUAUGGAUGAUAAGGAGCUUGAUCUGUACCGUAUUUUUCAAGCCAUUGAUGUUGAGCAUAAUGGUUGCAUUUUGCCAGAAGAGCUGUAUGAUGCACUUCUUAGGGCAGGGAUUGAAAUUGAUGAUGAGGAGCUUGCGCGUUUUGUUGAGCGAGUGGAUAAGGAUAACAACGGUGUUAUAACAUUUGAAGAAUGGAGAGACUUUCUUCUACUAUACCCUCAUGAGGCUACUAUUGAGAACAUUUAUCAUUACUUGGAAAGGGUAUGCCUGGUUGACAUUGGGGAACAGGCUGUUAUCCCGGAGGGCAUCAGUAAGCACAUUCAUGCAUACAGAUAUCUGAUCGCAGGAGGAGUAGCAGGAGCAACAUCUCGUACAGCAACUGCACCUCUUGAUCGUCUAAAGGUUGUUUUGCAAGUACAAACAACACAUGCUCGUAUAAUGCCGGCAAUAAGGGAUAUCUGGAGGGAAGGAGGUGUCUUGGGAUUUUUCCGAGGCAAUGGAUUAAAUGUUUUGAAAGUGGCACCAGAAAGUGCUAUCAGAUUCUACACUUAUGAGAUGCUUAAAGAUUUCAUUGUGCGAGCAAAAGGAGGAGAUAAAGCUGAUAUUGGUACUUUCGAGCGACUUUUGGCUGGUGGUGUUGCUGGUGCUGUGGCACAAACUACCAUUUAUCCAAUGGAUCUUGUAAAAACUCGAUUGCAAACUUAUGCUUGCGAAAAUGGAAAAAUUCCUAAUCUUGGGACAAUGACAAGGGAUAUAUGGGUUCAGGAAGGACCGCGGGCAUUCUACAAGGGCCUUAUUCCAUCUCUUCUUGGAAUGAUUCCUUAUGCAGGCAUUGAUCUUGCUGCAUACGAGACCUUAAAAGACAUGUCGAAGAAGUACAUUCUUCAUGACAGUGAACCUGGUCCUCUUGUACAACUGGGAUGUGGGACUCUGUCUGGAGCUCUUGGAGCAACCUGUGUUUACCCAUUGCAGGUUGUCAGAACAAGAAUGCAAGCUCAGCGCUCUAAUAUGGAUAAUGCUUACAAGGGAAUGUCGGAUGUAUUCAGGAGAACCUUUCAACAUGAAGGGAUUAGGGGAUUCUACAAAGGGAUAUUUCCUAACAUGCUGAAAGUUGUUCCAUCUGCGAGCAUUACGUAUAUGGUUUAUGAGGCCAUGAAGAAGAGUCUGGAUUUGGAAUAAUAAAUUAUGCUGCUGUUAUCAAAUUGCAACUACAACUGACGUGGCUAACUGUCUGGAUGACAUUGUGGGGCUGGACUGUUGAUGAAGACUUAAAUGAUAGGAAUAAGUUUUACUAAUUGAGUAGGUUAGGAUUUUUUCGAUUAUGUGACUGAUAAUCUUGCAUCAAAUACAUUGAAGGGCAAAAUUGGGUUGUCCAUCUUAGUUGAUGAAUUGAAGCUUCUUUCAAGUCCAUAUGCAUUCGCACAUUUGUUGUACAAUAAACAAGCAUACAGGAUAAAUGCACUCAAAAAAAGAUUUUGUAUUCUUUAUAAUGGCAAAUUUUGACAGAACUAUUAGAAUACUUA